AUGCAGCAGCAUUGGUGCCUCAGCCCCAGACAGUUUUCCUGUGUGGUUGUCAGGGGUAACUGGACCAACCAGGUCAGGCCUGGUCCCGGCGGUCCGGACCUGACUGACGAGGAGAAGGAGAUCAUUAACGGUGUGAUCGCCCGGGCUGAGAAGAUGGAGGCCAUGGAGCAGGAGAGAAUUGGGUGAGGACUGAAGAGACAUUCUGAGCUAAUGGAUUGGAGCUCCAUUGCACUGCCAACCUCAGUGUUGUUAAAUGUUCUGCUCUGCAAAAAUGCUGCACAAGAUGAUAGAAUUACAGACAACAUUAUUCAACCAGUUGGACCAGUCAUUACCACAUUUACCCAACUGAGCUUGAAUGUUCUACUGGUAAUUGAAUGUAAUGAGAGAUGUCCCAACUGCUGCAGGCGCCUGGUGAACCGUCUAGAUGACAUGAAGAAGACGGUGUGUGGGGACGGGGUGAACCGCUGUCUGCUGUGUGGGGAGCAGCUGGGUGUGCCAGGGGUCAGCUCAGUGGUGUGUGAGGACUGCAAAAAGGUAUGUGCAGCAUGGGGGUUGGAAAGAUUGGCUUUUGGCCCAUUCCUAGAAGGCAAAGGCACUUUGCUUUUGCUGUGAUAGGCUAUUAUGGACCAUGUUAGGCCACAAUAGAGCCUGAGCAAUGUAAGGUAUUUAUGACAUUGUAAACAUUGUGACCUCUUUGUGAACCUAUGUCUCCUCUACUGUAGCACAUGUGCACCAAGUGUGGAGUGCAGAGUGGCAGCCGGCCGUGCUCUGUGUGGCUCUGCAAGAUCUGCAGCGAACAGCGAGAGGUGAGUAUUUCUGUGAAACACACGGUGACAGAGAUAUGUCAUAGCGUGAUGUUACAGUAUGUGUCAUAAUGAAUUAAAAGACAUGGUGGGUGAAAAAUACAAAGUGAUGAUUAACUUCAUGUGAGACAAGGGAUCAGGGAGAUUAACAGUGAGUGUACAUUCUUAGAAAAAAGGGUUCUUCGGCUGUCCCCAUAGGAUAACCCUUUUUGGUUCCAGAUAUAACUAUUUUGGGUUCCAUGUAGAACUUGCUGUGUAAAGGGUUCUACAUGGAACUCAAAAGGGUUCUACCUGGAACCAAAUAGGGUUUUUGCUGUGGGGACAGCUGAAGAACCCUUUUAGGUUCUAGAUAGCACCUUAUUUUCUAAGAGUGUAGGUGUCAGUGUUAAAGCUUGUAUGACGCAGGCCAUUCUUUUUGGACCCCAGGAGAAUAGCUGUUGUCAUGGUGUCAGCUAAUGGGGAUUCGAAAGAUGAAAGAUUCUUCAUCAUUUCUUAGGUGUGGAAGCGAUCUGGUGCCUGGUUCUUUAAAGGCUUCCCCAAGCAGUUCCUGCCCUCGCCCAUGCCCAUCUCCAAGUCCAGAGAGUCAAGCGCCCAUCGGGCCUCAGAGCCCCAGGAGCCAGCAGCCUCUGACCCCAGGGCUGCUGGUGAUCAGCCCUGGCCACAGGCACAGGCCGGAGGUAAGCAGGCCAGACGGAGCUGUGGGAGUUGGGGUUGUUUCAGGUUGAUUGCUUUCUUGGCUUGUGAGAGUGGCAAAGUAGAUACAGACAUUGUCACGAUCGUUUACGGACGAGAAGGACCAAGGCGCAGCGUGAAAUACAUUCAUAUUUAUUUACGGCUAAACACACAACAAAACAACAAACGAAACGUGAAGUCCAAGGUAGCAUACAAACAACAUACCUUACACGGAACAAGAUCCCACAACUAACAGGUGUCAAAAGGCUGCCUAAGUAUGGUCCCCAAUCAGAGACAACGAGCUACAGCUGCCGCUGAUUGGGAACCACCCCGGCCAACAUAGAUCUGCACAUGCUAGAUCUAAAACAUAGAAAUCAAACAUAGCAACACACAACACGGAAAAUACACACCCUUACUCAACAAAUACAAGUCCUCAGAGUCAGGGCGUGACAGACAUGGUCUGUUUUCAUUAACUGGCCAGGCAGAAUGAAACAGAUUCAGCGAACUAAUUAUAGCUAAAUGGGAAUGAUGUUGCCCUGAACUCAAUAUUCAAUUCUAAAACGACUUGAUAGAGAAAGCAAAGGAAAGCCUGAAUAGUAUCUACAAUGUUCUUUAGUGAUGCUGUAGACUGUGAAAAUAGUACUUAGAUUUCUAAAUUUAGCAGAAAUAUUUUGUAUUUUGUUGGCAACAUAUCCCAGUGGGCAAUGUAGGAGAGGUCGUAAUUCAUGAACUUGUACCACAGGCGGCUGGUGGCACCUUAAUUGGGGAGGAGGGGCUCAUAGUACAAUGGAAUAAAUGGAAUGGCAUCAAAUACAUCAAACAUGUGGUUUCCAUGUGGUUCAUACCAUUCCAUUUACUCCACUCCAGCCAUUAUUAUGAGUCGUCCUCCCCUCAGCAUCCUCCUGUGCUGAAGUCUGAUAUGAAACAUUACAGAAGACAAAGCAGAAGUAAGAGUUUGUAGGGGUGAGAAAGACUCAGUGUCCUGCGCUGCCUGUCUCCCAGGUCCAGAGGAAAGUCAGGCUCCUAGUGCUGGCCAGCAGGGAGCAGGUGAGUCAUUCAGUCAACCCCAGUAUUACUUCAACAGAACCUAAUCAUGCUACCACCCUAACCCUCGACCCAGUACUGUACAUUAGAGUACCAUACUUGCCCUAUAGCCACCCUCUCAAGGCACCAUCUCUCCAGUUUCAUCAGACAAACAUCAUAAGAUGUUGGGAACUCCCACUGGCAUCCAGUCCCUCCUAACUUUUCUUUCCGUUAUUCAUUUCUCAGCAUUACCAUGAAAGCCCAGAUCUGUUUCACAGAAUGGGAACUGCCACCUCCUCUCAGACAGCCAGAUCCAGGAGUGGGUGGUUUCAGUUAGGCAGUGGGAAGUACAUGCUGGGGAAAGCCUGGCACCUCCAGGGGGCCCUGGCAUUGGAGGUGGCAUAGAAUCUGCUCCCACUUGCAGAAGUGUCAUUACCAUUGCAGUAAGAUAUCCUCAUAAAAGAAAGUCAGGGGGAAAGAUAGAGUAAAAAGCCAGGCUUCAUGAUGUGAUCAAGGUUGCCUGCCACGUCUUGUUGUACUGUAUGUAGGUCAAAGCCUGUGCAUUGGAAAAGCUGCAACAUCAAAAGGAUUCACAGAGACUAGGGAGAAUUAUGGAUUCCACUGCAGCGUAGUCUCAGUGAUACACUGAUGUGUGUGUGUGUGUGUGUGUGUGUGUGUGCGCGUGCCUAUAUGUGUGCACGCUUGCUCAUGUGUGUAUGUGUGUUGCAGGACCAGAGGCACAGGGGUGUGCUGGUAAACUACCUGUGGCCCAUAAGCCGACAGAGGUUCGCAUUGCCACUGGUGGGGCUAGUCUUGGUUACACUGAGGGAGGUGCCCAGAACAGCCCAGUGGUGCUGCAGAAGGCUGUUACAGUCCAGAGCUCCAGGCCCCCUCCAGCAGCAUCAGCCAAGCAGGGUAGGGCAAAGCUGGACGCACAUCACCAGACCAGACCAGCCUUGACACUGACACACACUUAUCAUUCAUAGAGGAUGGAAUUAUGCGUGACCAACGCAUAAAAAACGAAUCAUUAUCAUGUAUGUGCUUAUAGCUCCACUGGAGACGGAGGAUAGAGUGCCUCCUGCAGUGCGGGAGGAGAAGAGACAGCCUGUAGCCUACAACCCCCCUCCUGCUCGACAACAAGCCCCCCCGCCUGAGGAGGAGGAGGAUGCAAACAGCUAUGACUCGGAUGAGGCCAGUAAGUGACCAUGUUGUCCUUCCAGCUAGACCUCUACCAUAUGAGCUAUGUGUCUGUUCCUUCAGUGAUCUCUCUCCAUGUCUUCCAGACUGUUUUAAGUCAACAUAUAAAGACUCUGCUCUUUGCAUUUCUAUUUGUUUACAUAGUCAUUCAGCAGGCACUUUUAUCCAGUCUGUUGUAACAUCUCCAUGUUUGAUCUCUUACUCUUUUUAGUCGGUGGCGUUUGUAACAUUCUAAGCAUAUGAAUCAUCUAAUAAUACUAGCAGCCAACGUGUAUCCUUCUAGUAGAAUUCACAGAGCUCUAUUGGUGAUGAUAUACGAUACCCACCAUAUGUUAUCCAAGCAUGUGAAUCAAUAUCUUGGAAGUAACGUAUAAGAGGAUGUAAAACAAGUCAAUAGUGAGACUGUAAUGAGAAACUGUAAUGGAACCAUUUUUUAAUGUCUCCCUUGAGUGAUGGGAAUCGUGUCAUGCCAGUCGUACGUCAUGUUCCGUGCCUCUAGCGGUGAAUAGCCUUUCCUCUCUCCCUGGGGGAUGGGGCAUUAAUUUACUUUAUGGAGGUCCGGGAAUUUAGCACAGAACCCAUUAUUUGGGAUACAAGAGCGCUGACGGGAUCUAUAUUUCCCUUGUGUUUGAAUAGUUCCCAAAUGUUAUAGCAGCAAUGGCAGAAAUAGCAGAGGCUUCAUUGGUUGUGGUUAUCUAUGGAGUUGGCAGUGCCAGGACAGUCAGGUCCUGUUGUGCAGGAUCAGUUACUCAGAGAGAACUCCUGGUUCUAUAGGCUCAAUGGUAUAAAGGGUUGGUAGUAGUACAGAAUUUGUUUGCAUCUACAGUGCCUUCAGAAAGUAUUCACACCCCUUGACUUUUUAUACAGCCUGAAUUUAAAAUGGAUUACAUUGACAUUUUGUGUCACUGGCCUACACACAAUACCCCAUAAUGUCAAAGUAAAAAAAAAAAAAAAAACAUUAUAAAAAAAAAAGGAAAAGCUGAAAUGUCUUGAGUCAAUAAGUUUUCAACCCCUUUGUUAUGGCAAGUUCAGAUGUAAAAAUAGACUUAACAAGUCAUAUAAGAAGUAGCAUGGACUCACUCCGUCUGAAAUAAUAGUGUUAAACAUGAUUAUUCCACAAUACUAACCUAAAUGACAGAGCUAAGCACAGGCAGAAUCCUAGAGAAAAACCUGGUUCAGUCUGCUUUCCAACAGACACUGGGGGACAAAUUCACCUUUCAGCAGGACAAUAACCUAAAACAAAAGGCCAAAUAUACACUGGAGUUGCUUACCAUUGAAUAUUCUUGAGUGGCUUAGUUACAGGCAAGACUUGAAAAUGGCUGUAGCAAUGAUCAACAAUCAACUUGACAGAGCUUGAAGAAUCAUGUGGAAAUAUUGUACAAUCCAGGUAUGCAAAGCUCUUAGAGACUUACCCAGAAAGACUCACAGCUGUAAUCAUUGCCAAAGGUGAUUCUAACAUGUAUUGACUCAGGGGUGUGAAUACUUAUGUAAAUUAUAUAUUUCUGUAUUUCAUUUUCAAUAAACAUGUUUUCACUUUAUCAUUAUAGGCAUAUUUAAUCAAUUUUGAAUUCAGGCUAUAACACAACAAAAUGUGGAAUAAGUCAAGGGGUAUGAAUACUUUCAGAAGGCACUGUAGUUACUGGAGAUGGCAUUAUGUUAUACAAAUUACAUUUGUGCAUUUUCUUUUGUCUGCCUGUAUUCUUAGUGUUUCCAGCCAUUUGAAAUUGUAUUAGCUCAGGAUGUGUAAGGGCUGGUUGGAGUUAGAGAUUUCAGUGCACUGGGCUACUGGAGUUGCAGGUUUUAAAAGCUAGCCUCCCAACCAUUACUCAGCAAUGUGGUGGUUUGGAGCUGUUGGGGGUUUACUGUUUUAGAUGAGGGGAUGAUAGAUUUAAACCUAUUGAUUAUCAGUAUCAUCACAGUUUUGCCCUCCCUUAACAUCUAUGUACAGUGAGGUAAAAAAGUAUUUGAUCCCCUGCUGAUUUUGUACGUUUGCCCACUGACAAAGAAAUGAUCAGUCUAUAAUUUUAGUGGUAUGUUUAUUUGAGCAGUGAGAGACAGAAUAACAACAAAAAAAUCAAGAAAAACGCAUGUCAAAAAUAUAAAUAUAAAUUCAUUUGCAUUUUAAUUAGGGAAAUAAGUGUUAACAUUUUAUUUACAUUUUUCAUAUUCUGUUUGAAUUGGGGUAUUUCUGUCAUUUUAUCUAGAGCAUUAUUUCCCUGAAUGUAUUCCUUUGUGAGUCAUAUUUUUUGUUUCCUUGAUAUUACAGUAAUAUUUUGCUGCUUUUUAAUGGAAUUUUCAAUUAAUAUGUGGACGAAUGCAUAACUCACUUAACCUCUUAAGGCGUCUGACCCUUUUUUUCAAUUUUCACCUAAAAUGACAUACCCAAAUCUAACUGCCUGUAGCUCAGGACCUGAAGCAAGGAUAUGCAUAUUCUUGAUACCAUUUGAAAGGAAACACUUUGAAUUUGGUGGAAAUGUGAAAUUAAUGUAGGAGAAUAUAACACAUUAGAUCUGGUAAAAGAUAAUACAAACAUAAAAACAUGCGUUUUCUAUUUAUUUUUUUGUUCCAUCAUCUUUGAAAUGCAAGAGAAAUGCCACAAUAUAAUAUUGCAGUUUAGGCGCAAUUUAGAUUUUGGACACUAGAUGGCAUCAGUGAGUGUGCAAAGUUUCUGAUUGAUCCAGUGAAGCGAUGCAAUACUGGACUAUUUUGUAUCAAGUCUGCCCAAAUGUGCCGAAUUGGUCAAUUGAUACAUUUUCAAGUACAUGCAGUGCCUUGCAAAAUUAUUCAUCCCCCUUGGCGUUGUUCCUAUUUUGUUGCAGAAGUGAAAUGAAAAAAAUAACUUGUUUCAAAAAAUUCUAAAAAAUAAAUAACGGAAAAGUGGUAUGUGCAUAUGUAUUCACCCACUUUGCUAUGAAGCCCAUAAAUAACAUCUGGUGCAACCAAUUACCUUCAGAAGUCACAUAAUUAGUUAAAUAAAGUCCACCUGUGUGCAAUCUAAGUGUCACAUGAUCUCAGUAUAUAUAUAUAUAUACCUGUUCUGAAAGGCCCCAGAGUCUGCAACACCACUAAGCAAGGGGCACCACCAAGCAAGCGGCACCAUGAAGACCAAGGAGCUCUGCAAACAGGUCAGGGACAAAGUUGUGGAGAAGUACAGAUCAGGGUUGGGUUAUAAAAAAAUAUCCAAAACUUUGAACAUCCCACGGAGCACCAUUAAAUCCAUUAUUAUAAAAUGGAAAGAAUAUGGCACCACAACAAACCUGCCAAGAGAGGGCCGCCCACCAAAACUCACAAACCUUUAACCUGCAGCUCAAUUGGUAGAGCAUGGCGCUUGUAAUGCCAGGGUAGUGGGUUCGAUCCCCGGGACCACCCAUACGUAAGAAUGUAUGCGCACAUGACUGUAAGUCGCUUUGGAUAAAAGCGUCUGCUAAAUAGCAUAUUAAUUUAAUAUUAAUAUUAACUAUGCAAGUCAGUUAAGAACAAAUUCUUAUUUACAAUGACGGCCUACAUCGGCCAAACCCGGACGACGCUGGGCCAAUUGUGCGCCGCCCUAUGGGACUCCCAAUCACGGCCGGUUGUGAUAAAGCCUGGAAUUGAACCAGGGGUCUGUAGUGAUGCCUCAAGCACUGAGAUGCAGUGCCUUAGACCACUGCGCCACUCGGGAGCACUGAAGGAGCUUCAAAGCUCCACAGCGGAGAUUGGAGUAUCUGUCCAUAGAACCACUUGAAGCCGUACACUCCACAGAGCUGGGCUUUACGGAAGAGUGGCCAGAAAAAAGCCAUUGCUUCAAGAGAAAAAUAAUAAUAAACACGUUUGGUGUUCGCCAAAAGCCAUGUGGGAGACUCCCCAAACAAAUGGAAGAAGAUACUCUGGUCAGAUGAGACUAAAAUUGAGCUUUUUGGCCAUCAAGAAAAACGCUAUGUCUGGUGCAAACCCAACACCUGUCAUCACCCCGAGAACACCAUCCCUACAGUGAAGCAUGGUGGUGGCAGCAUUAUGCUGUGGGGAUGUUUUUCAUUGGCAGGGACUGGGAAACUGGUCAGAAUUGAAGGAAUGAUGGAUGGCACUAAAUACAGGGAAAUUAUUGAGGGAAACCUGUUUCAGUCUUCCAGAGAUUUGAGACUGGGACGCAGUUCACCUUCCAGCAGGACAAUAACCCUAAGCAUACUGCUAAAGCAACACUCAAGUGGUUUAAGGGGAAACAUUUAAAUGUCAAACAAAACUAUGCUACAUUUUAUCUCUGGGACCCUCAGGAUGACAAAUCAGAGCAAGAUUACUGAAUGUAAGUACAUUAUUUACCUUCAGAGGUGAAUGUAUCAAACCAGUUGCCGUGAUACAGUGAGGGAAAAAAGUAUUUGAUCCCCUGCUGAUUUUGUACGUUUGCCCACUGACAAAGAAAUGAUCAGUCUAUAAUUUUAAUGGUAGGUUUAUUUGAACAGUGAGAGACAGAAUAACAACAACAAAAUCCAGAAAAACGCAUGUCAAAAAUGUUAUAAAUUGAUUUGCAUUUUAAUGAGGGAAAUAAGUAUUUGACCCCUCUGCAAAACAUGACUUACUACUUGGUGGCAAAACCCUCGUUGGCAAUCACAGAGGUCAGACGUUUCUUGUAGUUGGCCACCAGGUUUGCACACAUCUCAGGAGGGAUUUUGUCCCACUCCUCUUUGCAGAUCUUCUCCAAGUCAUUAAGGUUUCGAGGUUGACGUUUGGCAACUCGAACCUUCAGCUCCCUCCACAUAUCUUCUAUGGGAUUAAGGUCUGGAGACUGGCUAGGCCACUCCAGGACCUUAAUGUGCUUCUUCUUGAGCCACUCCUUUUUUGCCUUGGCCAUUUGUUUUGGGUCAUUGUCAUGCUGGAAUACCCAUCCACGACCCAUUUUCAAUGCCCUGGCUGAGGGAAGGAGGUUCUCACCGUCCAUCGUCCCUUUGAUGCGGUGAAGUUGUCCUGUCCCCUUAGCAGAAAAACACCCCCAAAGCAUAAUGUUUCCACCUCCAUGUUUGACGGUGUUCAUAGGCAGCAUUCCUCCUCCUCCAAACACAGCGAGUUGAGUUGAUGCCAAAGAGCUCCAUUUUGCUCCACCCAGUUCUCCUCUGAAUCAUUCAGAUGUUCAUUGGCAAACUUCAGACAGGCAUAUAUAUGUGCUUUCUUGAGCAGGGGGACCUUGCGGGCGCUGCAGGAUUUCAGUCCUUCACAGUGUAGUGUGUUACCAAUUGUUUUCUUGGUGACUAUGGUCCCAGCUGCCUUGAGAUCAUUGACAAGAUCCUCCAUGUAGUUCUGGGCUGAUUCCUCACCAUUCUCAUGAUCAUUGCAACUCCACGAGGUGAGAUCUUGCAUUGAGCCCCAGGCCGAGGGAGAUUGACAGUUAUUUUGUGUUUCUUCCAUUGUAGUCAUUUAGCAGACACUCUUAUCCAGAGCGACUUACAGGAGCAAUUAGGGUUAAGUGCCUUGCUCAAGGGCACAUUGACAGAUUUUUCACUUAGUCGGCUCAGGGAUUAGAACCAACGACCUAUCAGUUACUGGCACAACGCUCUUAACCACUAAGCUACCUGCCACCAUUUGUGAAUAAUCGCACCAACUGUUGUCACCUUCUCACCAAGCUGCUUGGCGAUGGUUUUGUAGCCCAUUCCAGCCUUGUGUAGGUCUACAAUCUUGUCCCUGACAUCCUUGGAGAGCUCUUUGGUCUUGGCCAUGGUGGAGAGUUUGGAAUCUGAUUGAUUGAUUGCUUCUGUGGACAGAUGUCUUUUAUACAGGUAACAAGCUGAGAUUAGGAGCACUCCCUUUAAGAGUGUGCUCCUAAUCUCAGCUCGUUACCUGUAUAAAAGACACCUGGGAGCCAGAAAUCUUUCUGAUUGAGAGGGGGUCAAAUACUUAUUCCCCUCACUGUACAUUUGUUGUUGUUGUGCACUAUUCUCAAACAAUAGCAUGGUAUUUUUUCACUGUAAUAGCUACUGUAAAUUGGACAGUGCAGUUAUAUUAACAAGGAUUUAAGCUUUCUGCCCAUAUAAGACAUGUCUAUGUCCUGGAAGGUUUGCUGUUACUUACAACAGUCUUGCUAAUCACAUUAGCGCACGUUUGCUCAACCAUCCCGUGUACGGGACACCGAUCCCGUAGAGGUUCAUCUGUUUACAGUCCAUUUAGGCUGCAGAUUCACUGUUGGAUUAUGUAUUUCUCCCUCCUUUAUCAGUUCACCGCUUGAUUUUCUGUUAUUUUGUCUGCCCUCAAGAUCAUGUCUCUAUUACUGCAGGCAGUCUCAAUGUUUUCUGAUACUUUGAGAAUCUUUCAAAUCAAAUCAAAUUUUAUUUGUCACAUGCGCCGAAUACAACAGGUGUAGACCUUACAGUGAAAUUAUUACUUACAAGCCCUUAACCAACAAUGCAGUUUAAGAAAAAUAAGUGUUAAUUCAAAAAUAGGUAAGUAAAAAAUAAAAUAAAAAAAUAAUAAAGAGCAGCAGUAAAAUAAAAUAACAGUAGGGAUGCUAUAUACAGGGGGUACCGGUACAGAGUCAAUGUGCGGGGGCACAGGUUAGUCGAGGUAAUUGAGGUAAUAUGUACAUGUGGGUAGAGUUAAAGUGACUAUGCAUACAGGGUCCCCUGUAGCUCAGUUGGUAGAGCAUGGCGCUUGCAACGCUAGGGUUGUGGGUUCGUUUCCCAUGGGGGGCCAGUAUGAAAAUGUAUGUACUCACUAACUGUAAGUCGCUCUGGAUAAGAGCGUCUGCUAAAAUGUAAAAUAAUAAACAGAGAGUAGCAGCAGCGUAAAAGAGGGGGUGAGGUGGGGUGACAAUGCAAAUAGUCCGGGUAGCCAUGAUUAGCUGUUCAGGAGUCUUAUGGCUUGGGGGUAGAAGCUGUUAAGAAGCCUUUUGGACCUAGACUUGGCGCUCCGGUACCACUUGCCGUGCGGUAGCAGAGAGAACAGUCUAUGACUAGGGUGGCUGGAGUCUUUGACAAUUUUUAGGGCCUUCCUCUGACACCGCCUGGUAUAGAGGUCCUGGAUGGCAGGAAGCUUGGCCCCAGUGAUGUACUGGGCCGUACGCACUACCCUCUGCAGUGCCUUGCGGUUGGAGGCCGGUCAGUUGCCUUACCAGGCAGUGAUGCAGCCAGUCAGGAUGCACUCGAUGGUGCAGCUGUAUAACUUUUUGAGGAUCUGAGGACCCAUGCCAAAUCCUUUCAGUCUCCUGAGGGGGAAUAGGCUUUGUUGUGCCCUCUUCACGACUGUCUUGGUGUGUUUGGACCAUGAUAGUUUAUUGGUGAUGUGGACAUCAAGUAACUUGAAGCUCUCAACCUGUUCCACUACAGCCCCGUCGAUGAGAAUGGGGGCGUGCUCAGUCCUCUUUUUUUUUCCUGUAGUCCACAAUCAUCUCCUUUGUCUUGAUCACGUUGAGGGAGAGGUUGUUAUCCUGGCACCACACGGCCAGAUCUCUGACCUCUUCCCUUUAGGCUGUCUCAUCAUUGUCAGUGAUCAGGCCUACCACUGUUGUGUCGUCGGCAAACUUAAUGAUGGUGUUGGAGUCAUGCCUGGCCAUGCAGUCAUGGGUGAACAGGGAGUACAGGAGGGGACUGAGCACACACCCCUGAGGGGCCCCAGUGUUGAGGAUCAGCGUGGCAGAUGUGUUGUUACCUACCCUUACCACCUGGGGGCGGCCCGUCAGGAAGUCCAGCAUCCAGUUGCAGAGGGAGGUGUUUAGUCCCAGGAUCCUUAGCUUAGUGAUGAGCUUUGAGGGCACUAUGGUGUUGAACGCUGAGCUGUAGUCAAUGAAUAGCAUUCUCACGUAGGUGUUCCUCUUGUCCAGGUGGGAAAGGGCAGUGUUGAGUGCAAUAGAGAUUGCAUCAUCUGUGGAUCUGUUGGGGCGGUAUGCAAAUUGGAGUGGGUCUAGGGUUUCUGGGAUAAUGGUGUUGAUGUGAGCCAUGACCAGCCUUUCAAAGCACUUCAUGGCUACAGACGUGAGUGCUACGGAUCGGUAGUCAUUUAGGCAGGUUAUCUUAAUAUUCUUGGGCACAGGGACUAUGGUGGUCUGCUUGAAACAUGUUGGUAUUACAGACUCAGUCAGGGACAUGUUGAAAAUGUCAGUGAAGACACUUGCCAGUUGGUCAGCGCAUGCUCGGAGUACGCGUCCUGGUAAUCCAUCUGGCCCUACGGCCUUGUGAAUGUUGACCUGCUUAAAAGUCUUACUCACAUCAGCUACGGAGGGCGUGAUCACAUAGUCAUCUGGAACAUCUGAUGCUCUCAUGCAUGCUUCAGUGUUGCUUGCCUCGAAGUGAGCAUAGAAGUGAUUUAGCUCAUCUGGUAGGCUCAUGUCACUAGGCAGCUCGCGGUUGUGCUUCCCUUUGUAGUCCGACGAGCGUCAGAGCCGGUGUGGUACUAUUCAAUCAUAGUCCUGUAUUGACUCUUUGCUUGUUUGAUGGUUCGUUGGAGGGCAUAUCGGGAUUCCUAGUCUAGACUCUCUUUACAACUCAGUACCUUCUAUCUUAGACAUACUGCUAGUGCCUGUGUUCCAGUGCAGUCAGUCAGAGUAGACACCCUGUCUGUUAUCUGAUCUAAUGACUGCCCUGGGUGUUUUUCAGCCACUCUAGGCGCCCUGGAGUUCAGCUUGCUUUAUGAGCAGGAGAACAACAGCCUCCACUGCAACAUCCUUAAAGCCAAGGUACCACCUACUGCACUAAUUUACUAGCUCUGAGACAAUUACACUGAAGUGGCCUGUGUUUAAAUCUGCUGCUGCAGUAGUUCAAAUUUACAGGGACUCCUCGUUCCUGCUGUCCUGUCUGGUGACAUAAAACGUCUGUGUUGUCUUUCCCUCAGGGACUGAAGCCCAUGGACUCCAACGGACUGGCUGAUCCAUAUGUCAAGCUGCAUCUGCUGCCAGGGGCCAGUAAGGUGAUGGAAUUCACCUUCCUUAUUUUCUACCUGGGGGUUAACAUAUGCUUGUGUAUUUGUUAUUGUAUGUGUCAUGAUUCAGAAAAAUCUGAGAAUGACAUCUGUGAUGCUAUGAUACACGCCCAUUAGCUCAAGCCUGCCACCUUGUGGCAUAAGGAUUAUCCAUUGUACUACAUACAAAGCUCAAUUUCCUCUAUCCAGCCUCAGAUAUAAGUGCUGAAGUCAAGUUCCUUAUCUUUGAUCUCUUGUAUCUACUCUCAUGUGCUGCAGUCCACCAAGCUACGCACCAAAACCCUGAGAAACACCCGUAACCCUGCCUGGAACGAGACCCUGGUCUACCAUGGUCUCACAGAUGAGGAUAUGCAGCGCAAGACUCUCAGGUGGAUACUGGAAGCAGAGAAACACAACACAGGGUUCACUAAACAUCAAGACAACACUAAACCACAACACUAUUCAAUUCCUGUCUUGUUGUCUCCAUUUGUUGCCAUGGUUUUAUCUAAGUGCUGAAUUGUUUUACUCUACAUGAUUUCUUCCAUGGAUGUUUUGAUCCAAUAUUAUUGAUGUCCUGUUUGGGUUGAUGCAGGAUCUCUGUCUGUGAUGAGGACAAGUUUGGACAUAAUGAGUUUAUCGGAGAAACUCGCAUUGCACUGAAGAAAUUGAAGAUCAACCAGAAGAAAAACUUCAACGUGUGUCUAGAGAGAGUUGUCCCUGUAAGUAGUAUAUCAUCAUGGUUCACACAUUAAAUAUACAGUAAGAGUCCCAGUUGUUUGAAUGUCUGAUUGGACCAUCCAUAUCCAUAUCCUUCCACAGACAAAGAAGACUGCAACAGCUGGAGGGGCUCGAGGCAUUUCGCUCUACGAGGAUGAGGUAUUGGUGUAUGACCUGCAUGUGUGGGCAUGUGGACUACCGCUACGUGUCCUCAUACAAAUCAUGUCUUCAUGAUAUUAUAUUAAAAUGUCACCCUUCCAUUCUCUCUCACCCAUCUUUCUCUCUCUGUUUCUUUCUCUCUCUCUCUCUCUCUCUCUCUCUCUCUCUCUCUCUCUCUCUCUCUCUCUCUCUCUCUCUCUAACCCCUCUACCCCACCCCCCUCGCUCUCUCCAGGGUGGGAAGGAGGGUGGAGAUGUGGAGGAGCGUGGUCGUAUCCUUAUCUCCCUCAUGUACAGCACCCAGCUGAACCGCCUGCUUGUGGGUGUGGUGCGCUGCGUUCACCUGGCCUCCAUGGACACCAAUGGAUACUCUGACCCAUUCGUCGAAAUGUCAGUGUCUGUUUCACUGUGAUUGCUAUCAGGAGUGAUUACAAACACAAGUUCUUCCAAACACUUUUUCAGUGUUUAGAUGAUGAAGUAUUCUCUUUUCUCUCAAGAUGAAAACAUAUUGAAUUAUGUCAAAGUUAUUCAUUUGCAAAGCAGAAUACAUCUGUUUUGCAAUUUACUUCCUAUCCCCAAAAACUAAGUUUGUCUUGUUUGUGAUGUGUUUAGAUGCCUGAAACCUGAUAUGGGGAAGAAGGCCAAGAACAAAACAAAUAUCAAGAAGAAAACCCUGAACCCAGAGUACAACGAGGUCAGUCCCCCGUUGGUGUCUUACAAUAAUAAUACAAGACAGAAGUAACCAUCUGACAGCAGUACUUUGUUUGUACUUUGAAUAUUAAAUGUCUGUCAAAACCUCAAUGUAUUGGUUUGUACUGAUUUAAAUUACAUUUAUUGGAGAUCGUGAGGGGGAUGACUUCUCACUUGUUGUGUUACAGGAAUUUAGCUAUGACAUCAAGCACAGCGACCUGGCUAAGAAGACCCUGGACAUCUCAGUGUGGGACUACGACAUUGGGAAAUCCAAUGAUUACAUCGGUAAGAUCCAUAGGAAUAUGUUCGAGAUCUACUAGACCUUGUUGAAAUGUUCCAUGUUAUGCAAGUCCUCUCACCCUCCCCUCCCUAUCUCUUGGUCUGCUGUAGGUGGGUGCCAGCUGGGCAUCACGGCUAAAGGGGAGCAGCUGAAGCACUGGUAUGAGUGCCUGAAGAACAAGGACAAGAAGAUAGAGCGCUGGCACACGCUGUUGAAUGAGAAUCCUGUCAACAGCAACUAACCCCCACCCUGCAUGAGCUAAGUCCUCUCCCUCUACACUCAGCCCCCUAUCCUCUCUCACAUUACCCUGUCUAACCUCCCUCCACACCUCCCCAAGAACCUUCAUUUUAGAUUUAGUUUUAUUUUACUUACCGGUAGUCUUCCUGUCUGGUGUCUGCAUUCUUUCUUGCCCUCAACCCAACCCACCACAUGCACCCUUCCCAUCCUCCAUGUUGUCCCAGGUGUGAUAUUUCCUUCUCCUAUCUCUCCCCCUUUACUGAGACUUAUCUACCAAGGGGAUUCCCCAAGAGGCAAAACCUGGUAUACUUUAAAAAUCAUCCUUCAAAAUCAACUUAGGGAUUCAACAAUUUAAGGCAAAAAAUUAUGUUGUUUGACAUUGCAGUAUACAGUUGCAUUGAGACGAUCAUGCCUGUUGAAGGUGUUAUUGAACUUGACACAUCCCAAACUAAAUAAAAUCAAUUUGAAAUGCACUAGCACAAAAGACGAUGAAGCAAAUAUGUUAUUGCAUUCUAUGUGGGAUAAAAUCUACAGCACCCAUUGAACUAUGAAGUUCAUUAGACUGGCAGGUUGUAAUCCUUGAUUUCUGGUAAAAUGACACCAUGCGGUAUUAUUACCACUUGUAUGAGAAUUCAAAACCACAUGAAAACACUGAGGACACACAGCUGUUUAUUUAAUGAUAUCGAAUGAAUAUUAUGGCAUUCUCAUGAAGAAGGUUUACAUGUUGCUGAUCUUCUGAAGUUGAGGAUAAAAAUAUUCUGGACUAUGAAAAAGGGUAUGAUUCACAAAUCAAUUGACUGACAUUUAGUUUGGAGAGUAUAUUUCUUAGUUUUUUAAUUUAUUACUUACUAAAUAGGCAAUUUAAGGAACUCAUAUUUAUUUAUUUCAGUAUCAGUUUAAAGAUUUUGAAUGAUAGCACUCCAGGUAGAAGAAAAUGUACUCACUUUCUGUCAAGUGUUCACUUUUAGUCCUUAUUUGAGUCCUGUUUAUAGCACCCUGGUCUCAUAGACUAGACUUAACAUAGUAAAUGUAAAUCCAGGAAACUCAAAUUAGUAUGAUAUGUUAUGUUUGGUAUGGUUACAUAAGACAGAUGGUUACUUAAGGUAGAGUGGGAUGGGAUGGGAUGGGAUGGGAUGGGAUGGGAUGGGAUGGGAUGGGAUGGGAUGGGAUGGGAUGGGAUGGGAUGGGAUGGGAUGGGAUGGGAUGGGAUGGGAUGGGAUGGGAUGGGAUGGGAUGGGGUGGGGUGGGGUGGGGUGGGGUGGGGUGGGGUGGGGUGGGGUGGGCAGAUAACGCGAACGCCUAGCAACCCAAAGGUUGUGAGUUUGAAUCUCAUCACGGACAACUUUAACAUUUUAGAUAAUUAGCAACUUUUCAACUACUUAGUACUUUUUAGCUACUUUGCAACUACUUAGCAUGUUAGCUAACCCUUCCCCUAACCGUAACCCUUUUAGUUAACCCUUCCCCUAACCCUUUCCUUAACCCUUUAACCUAACUCCUAAACUUAACCCUAACCUUAACCCCUAACCCCUAGCCUAGCUAACGUUAGCCAGCUAGCUAACAUUAUCCACCUAGCCACCUAGCUAGAAUUUUUUACAUAUCAUACGUUUAGCAAAUUCAUAACAUAUUGUACAUUUUGCUAAUUCGUAACAUAUGAUAAGAAUUGUAAUUCGUAAUAUAUCAUACGAAAUGGGUGAUGGAAAACCAUAAAUUAAUACAUACCAAACUAAACGUAACAUAUCAAACUGAAUGGAGUGUCUCAUCAAGAAAAAACAAAAUGCUCUGAGACCAGGUUGGUUUAUAGAUGUAGUUAGGAAAUGUGAAAUUUUUUAUGAGAAUGUUUGCACUGAAAAGUUGACCAUCUGGUUCAGUUCUUUGUUUACGGUGAAGGGAGACAGUAGACAGGAAAAAAUAUUAUUUCCCUGGCUAGUAAUGAGAAGUUUACUAUGACAGGUGUGUACUUCUCUAAUGCACAUGGUUUACAAUGAAAGUUUACAGAGGUUGUCUACUGACUGACAUUUUUUACAUUGAAUGCACAUUAACAGAUUUUUCACUGACACUUAAAGCCUGCUCCACCUUAGACAUACUAAAUAAGACAAUUUAAGGCUGUCAUAAGAGAAUGUGCUGCUUAACUUGCAUGCACUGUGCUCGUGACCCCUGUGUUUUCUGUGCCUGGAGCAGUCACAC